GGAGCAAGCCCGCCCGUAAGUUCAGUGCAUUCCGCGUGGCCAAUCACAUCGUUCGCCGCACGAACGUUUCACGUGCGAUAAAGUUUUCCGAGCGUGGCUGAAAAUUUUCAUAACUUUAUUAGUUAAAUUAUCGAGUUUACUCAAAUAUAUUUACAAAGAUACAUAAACUUACACGUGUUUUAAUAAAUAUACUGUAUAUUUUACAUUUUACGAGACGUGACGUCUUAUGUUGUCGUGAAAAUGGAUAGAGUUAUAAUUUUAUUUGUACUCAUGUUGUGGGUAAAGACAAGCGUGUUGGGUGUUGAAGAACUUCUACAAGAGUUGCCGACGUCGACGGUACAGAUGGAACGGCUGGCGCAUUACAUAUGCAUUGAUUUAUUUGAAGCUGAAACGUACUCAAGUCUAAGCGCGAAGCUCCUAGAGGAACGUAAACGGUGUGAACAAAACUUUUUAAGUUCUAAUCGUAUAGCUGGGAAGCCACCAAACGUAGUAGUAACAGACCGAACAGUAGACAGAGUGUCUGUCGCGGUGACUUCGUCCAGACAUAUUCAAUUAGUCGCUUUGGUAAACGAACAUGACAGCGAAGAGAUCAUAUAUUACAGCCUUAUAAAAAACAAUGAAAAGCCUGACGCACUAUAUCCCGAUCCUAAUAAUUACUACACGUUCUGGACUGCUAGCCUGAGUCCUAACGGGACCCCUUCCCUGUGGAGAAGAGGGAGGAACUUACCAUCGUGGAAACAGAGCGAGAAAUUCUUGCGAAAUGGCGUCAAAACUGGGAAUCAAUAUGAUAUCAAGUUCAUUUUUUUAAUGGACUCGUAUAAAAAUGAUACGAAUUAUAUAAGUGGUCGCUUCUGGUGGCAUAGUGAUCCUGCGGACUUAGAUUUUGACGUAAUAAAUAAUUGUGUUCAAGAGAUACAGGGAAAUAUGUACCACAACAGAAUUGGACCAAGUGCAAACCGCUCGGUGCUAUUGCGGCGGUUACCUCUAAACGAUACGUGCACGAUUCGUGUACAAGGCCAAUACCCUAUGAGCAACUUCACGUACCGCACUCCCGCCUGUGAAGACGUCCCCAACUGUAUACCGCCGCCUGAAAUACCGGAAAAUGUGAGAAUAGAGCUAUCUGAAGAGGACAAUUCAGAUCUGUGGUCGGUGCAUGUACGGUGGGCCAAACAACGACGUCCGCCCAACUAUUACAACGUCACAUUGCGGACGCAUACUGUAUACAAUCGAGUUGUUCCAGGGAACGAGACGGAGGUAAUCUUCGCAAACGUAAAAGGCAAAGGGGUUUACAACGUGUCUGUGGAGGCGAUAGUUUCUGGCAAGAAACCAGCUGUAGCGAAUAAAAGAAACAUAUUCCCUGUUCGCGAGGCCGCCCCCACGUCGCCGGGCCUCAUGCUGGGCGCGGUGUGCGCGGCGGGCCUCCUCACAGUGAUGACGUUGCUCAUGUUCAUAUACUACGUGCGCAAGAGGCUCGCCACUAAGUACUCCAAAACGUAUUUCCCGGGAAUCCUUGAGAUAUCAGAAGAAUUCCACAAAGACACUGGUGGCCCGGAAUCAGUCUCCGAGGACCAAUGGGAAGUGAGUGAGGACCGCCUGCUGCUGCACGAGGUCAUCGGCGAAGGAGCCUUCGGCGUAGUGCGACGGGGCACCCUGGCGCCUGGUAACAAGAACGUGGCUGUCAAAAUGCUUAAAGAUUUCCCAUCCCUGGAGGAGAUUCGCUCGUUCCGUACAGAAAUGGAACUAAUGAAGAGCGUGGGCGCGCACCCCAACGUGGUGAGCCUCGUGGGCUGCUGCAGCGCCCGCCGCCCGCUCAUCGUGGCCGAGUACUGCAGCCGUGGGGACCUGCUCACCUACCUCAGAUGCUCAUGGGACCUCAUGGUGUCGCGGCGUAACGUCAAGUACUGCAACAACAACAAGGAGAACAACUAUCGCUACGACCACUUCAAGAACAAACCAAACUCAAACUAUGUCUCGAACCGUCUCUACGAAGUUGAAGGAAUCUGUGACACUGAGCUCACUUGGCUCGACUUACUCUCAUUCUGCCGACAAAUUGCCAUGGGCAUGGAGUUUCUAUCUUCAAACAGACUUGUUCACAGGGAUCUGGCAGCUAGAAACAUAUUGGUUACUGCAGAUAAGACUCUGAAAAUAGCGGAUUUUGGCCUCUCGAGAGACGUGUAUCAAGAGAAUCAGUACAAACAAAAGAGUAAUGGCAAGUUGCCAGUGAAGUGGAUGGCUUUGGAGUCUUUGACGCAUCGAAUUUACACGACAAAAUCUGAUGUAUGGUCGUUCGGCGUAGUGAUGUGGGAAGUGGUGACGGUGGGCGGCGCGCCCUACACCGGAGUCAGCGCCUCGCAGCUGCCGCGUCUGCUGGCCUCGGGGCACCGGUUGCCGCGCCCGCCCAACUGCAGCACUCCUGUAUACGAACUGAUGCUGGCGUGCUGGAACCAACGGCCGCGCUCCCGGCCUAGCUUCACCGAGCUGCACGAGGCGCUGGACGAGCUACUGACGGCCAGCGCCGACCACUACCUGUCGCUGACGCUGCUGGUGCCGGACGACGGCGCGCCGAGUCUGCCGCUCAGUCAGUACGUGAGGAACUUGUUGAGAGGCAAAUGGCGGAACGGCAAGCUGUACGAGCGCCCUCUAGCGCCUGACAGCCGCUACACAGCGCAGCCCAAGCCUCUCAUACAAACGUGACCCGGAAAAAACUUAGUGCUGAGUGCGCUUUAAACUGCAACAAUCAAUCCGAACGCAUUUUCAACGGACUUCCGGAAAUCGAAAAUGUAGAAGUUUACUUUCGUCGAGGAUGGACGUAAUGGACAUAACACUAUCAGGCGAUUACGAGUAGGUUUAAUAAUCAAAUUGUCAAUUCUUAAUACAAAAUUAUAUAAGUAGUACCUACUUAGUUAGGCAUUUGUUUUAAAUAAUGAUUUCAAAAUCAAAAUUAUUUUAUUUGAUUAAAAGAUCCUAAAUUUUGAAAUAGACUCAUCAUCAUCAUUAUCAGCCUUUUUAGCGGCCAAACUCUCUCCUUAUAGGAAAGGGGAUAUGGAGCUUAUGCCCAACACGCUGCUCCAUAGCGGUUUUGCGGGCUAAAAAGUCUAAUUUCAUUUAAUUAUGAUGGUCAGAAAAUGAAUAUCUACUUGACUUCGAUCACCCCUAUCAAAAUUUAACAGGUGAUAUAGAUAUGGUAUCCAGCCAUAACAAAAUAUGUAGGUAUGAUUUUUCAUCAUAAUCAUCAUCAUUAUCAGCCGAUGGACCUCCACUGCUGGACAUAGGCCUCUUGCAUGGACUUCCAAACAAAACGGUCUCGAGCCGCCAGCAGCCAGCGGCUCCCUGCAACCCGCUUUGUCUUCGGUCCACCUAGUGGGGGGUCCAACACUGCGCUUGCCGCGGUACGGGGUCACCAUCCACGUCACGCCACGUCCAUCGGCUCUUCGAACUAUGUGUCCUGCCCAUUGCCACUUCAGCUUCGCGAAUCGUUGAGCUAUGUCAGUGACUUUGGUUCGUCUGCGGAUCUCCUCAUUUCUGAUUCGAUCACGCAAUGAUUUUUGAUACAAUAUAAUAAGUUGUAGGUAUGUACUCGUAGGUUAUUUACUAAAUAUGAAUUCCCAUGAUCUCAGUUAAGCAAUGUAAAUAAUAGUUAGAUAGUCGGACCUACUAGGUAUAAAUAGCUAGAUAUUAGUUUUCGUAAAUAAUAAUAAGUUAGGUUCGUAAAUAAUAAUUUAGAUUAAAACUUUUGUGUUUUGAAUUGGAUCCGAUAAGUAGGUGUACUUGCCUGUUGCUUAACAACGUAAAACUGGUGAUACUAUUCUCUGGCCAGGGUCAGGGACUCAGGGAGGAAAGGAGUCAAUGCUUUAUGUAAGAUAACAAGGGCAAGUUACUCCUUAGCCAUCAAUUUACACAUAGAAUUAAAUCUUAUAAUUUUUUUUUUAAAUAUUAAACACAUUCAAUAUCAUCCGUCAUUCAGGUAAAAAUAAGCUUUCAUGCCUGAAAUUUUGUUUAUAUAAGAUUUGGUUUCUUAGUGAUAAAAAUUAUAAUUAAAAAUCCCUAGCUAAUAAAUUAACACAGCUUCGUCAUAUCUUUACUCUGGCUUCGUAUUAGAUAAACUAAAUAUACCUAGUCCUCGUAAUUAUGUACCUACUGUUAAGAAAUUAAUUUAUAUUUAGAUUACUAUCAAAAUAGUGAUGACGCCGGAUGCAACGCGUUUGAUAGAUAAAAUAAUUCACGAUAAAAAUUAAACAAAAUAUUUAAUACCUAUUUUCGCUAUGAACGCAAUGGCUGUAAAUAUUAUCAAUACCCAAAACCAUAAUAAUUCAAAAUUGUAUAAUACUAACUUGAUUAACAUGUAUGUUG